CAAAAAAUGACCGUUCUUCUUGCAUCUACAAAAGGAACUAAAGCAAUUGCAGAGAAUUGUCAAUCGAUACCAGCAAGAGAAGAGAACAGAAGAGAAGAGAGAGAGAGAGAGAGAGAGAGAGAGAAGGCCAGAGGGGUAACCUCGUUAACCCUUUCACAGAACCAUAACUAACCCAGGAAUACGAAUUCAUCUCCUCUCUCUCCUCCCCCCAUAUCCUUCAUUAAUAAAUCUACCUUUGCUGGGUCGAUACCCCGAAUCUCUCUCCUAUUCGCUGUCUCUUUCUCUUUCUGAUAUCAAUUCACUUCCAGAGAAAACAGAAUCGCAAAUUCCCUUUCUUCAUCUCUCUCUAUCUCUCUUUCUCUGUCCCAGUCUGUGGCCGUUGUUAAUGGUGGAAACCGUUGUGUGUAAUUUCAUGCUUUUCUCUCCUUCUGCAAGGGUAACCGCGCGAUUCCCUACCGCGCAGUUUUCUUCCCUUUCUCUCUUCUCCUUCGGUUCCUGCAAUCAAGGCUGGUACUACCGCUGCCUAGGCCUUGAUCCUUGAAAGAAUCAACAACCCAUUUCAUCUCAACUCCUUUCUCAUCAUCUUUGAUCUGUAAUUUUAUCUGGGUUUCUUUUCUUUUGCUUUGAUUUGAUCUGAUUCGGUUCUAUUAGCUCUCAAUCUUCCCUUGAGAAUGUUGCUACAGAAGCCCAAGAAGAACAACCAGAGCGGCAAGGGAAACCGUCUCUUGGUCACCAUAAAUGUACUGGGAAGCGCUGGACCCCUCCGAUUCGUCGUCAAUGAAGAAGAACUCGUCGCGGCGGUCAUCGACACUGCACUUAAAUCUUAUGCUCGUGAAGGUCGUCUCCCUGUUCUUGGCUCUGAUCUCAAUAAUUUCCUCCUCUACUGCGCCAAUGCCGGAGGCGAUGCUUUGAGUCCAUUGGAUGCCAUUGGAUCACGCGGAAGAAGGAAUUUUGUGCUGUGCAAGAAGCAGAAGCCACAGCAGGAAUCCAGGUCAGUUGGAGGGAGGAUCCAAGUUGGAGAUGGAAAAUCUUCGCCGACAGAGAUGAGGAAGGGGAAUGGUAGCUGGAAAUCAUGGCUCAACAAGUCCAUUAGUCUCAAGAUCUAUUCACAUUGAAGCCAAAAUCUUAAAUUCAAUGAUGAAGGUAGAAGUAAGCGAGAAGAAGUCAAUAAAACUUUACCAUUAGAAAUCGAUAGUUACUUGAAACAGGUUUCUCUCAUAAUUUGCUUUCUGUUAUACUAGGUGGGUUUUCUGUUUAUCCAUGAAUAAAAACUUGUUCUGUUCCUCUGAGCUUGAGCUUGGGAGAGUUUCAAAUUUAA